GUGUUGUCAGUAGAACUGGUUCGCAAACACGACCUUGAAGAGUCUCAGGGGAAGUUUUCCUUGGAGAUUUGUAAACAAGUGAGCAAUGGAACAUCCUAAAGAAAAAAAGCAAGGUAACUGCUCAUUACAGGACAGCAUUCGGCAGAUGUACCAACAUCACCUUGACACCGGUGACGUCACAUUCCAGGUCGGCGAAGAUGGCGACGAAGUGAAAGCCCACAAGUUCAUCCUGAUGUGUCGAAGCAAUGUGUUUUUCUCGAUGUUUUCCAAACAUGAUCCACCAAAAGAAGCCCUUAAGCUUACCGACACCAAAAGGGAUGUAUUCAUACAAUAUUUAGAAUUUCUGUACACUGAUUUCACUCAGGUGACUGCUGAGAACUUUGGUGAUCUGAUGUGCUGCGCUAAAAAAUACGAAACAGAAUUCUUGUCAGUCCUGUGUAAGAAGUCGUUAAGGAAUUUCAUCUCAACAAACAUCGUUUGUCAAAUGAUGGAAUUCUCUCAGAUCUACAAUGACCUGGAGAUCGUGAAUAUCUGCUUGGGAACAGUUGAACAUCACAUGCCCUCUUUUCUAUACACAGAUUUAUUUUUGCAGCUGUGUCCCACGUGUGUGUACAAAAUAACGCAAUAUGACAGAAUGCUCGCUCCAGAGAAAGUUAUUUUUGAACGCGUUUUGAAAUGGUCUGAAAAAGAAUGCACGAGACAAAAAUUAUCAGUCACGGCCGAAAACCAAAGAAAGAUCUUGGGAGACAUCCUGUACGAGGUCCGCUUUCCCAUUAUGGAUCACCAGUAUCUGGAAGAUGUCGUCUGUGGAUCGAAACUUCUGAAUGAUGGAGAGAAGGUAGAUAUUUUACGACAACAGUUGAAAUCGAAAAAAGAAAACCCAGGAAAGUUCAAGACCCAUACAAGAAUAUGGGAGCCAACAGCAGUGAUGUUAAGCAAAUGCCACAUCUCCAAAGCAAAGCUUUAUAGUUUUAAAGCAGGCUGCGAAUUCUCUCUACGAUUUGGAGUAUCCUCACAAACCGUUUUACUCGGAAUAUAUCUCAAUAUUGAGUGUAUAAACCCUUAUUUCUUCCAAGUUAAAAACUCGAACGUGAUUGCUUCCAUCACGCCUUUGGAAUUGUUAGGUGGCGAUACUACCGAAACAGUGAAGGAUUUCUCCACACCGUUCAUUAAAGUUAAAGAAAAUCUUAUCGAACUUUAUCCCCGAUUCUUCAUCCCGCUUAAGAAGGGUGUACAAUACACCGUUUCUGUUCGCUUUGAUGAUAAAUUGCAAACCAGUCUCCAGUUUAAAGAAAUGCAGCAACUGCCAACACCUAUUGCAUUUAAUAGAAAAACUCUAUCAGUGUCUACAUCAUCUCAUCUCAUUAGAGGACUGUGGAUGACUUAG